AUGAGUUUCUUUGCAUGUCUGUGCAUUGUGCUUCGCUUUUUGGAAAGUGUGAGUUCUUCGUGUCCCUCACAGUGCACCUGCGAUUAUCAUGGCAGAAAUGACGGCUCGGGAGCAAGGUUGGUGCUAUGUAAUGACCUGGACAUGAAUGAGGUCCCUACAAACUUCCCUGUGGACACUGUGAAGCUGCGCAUAGAGAAGACAGUCAUCCGUGGCAUCCCUGCCGAGGCCUUCUACUACCUGGUGGACCUCCAGUACCUCUGGGUGACUUACAAUUCUGUGGCCAGCGUAGACUCAAGGAGCUUUUACAACCUCAAGCAACUGCAUGAGCUGCGCCUGGAUGGAAAUUCUUUAGCUUCUUUCCCUUGGACAUCUCUUCUGGAUAUGCCCCACCUGAGGACCCUGGAUUUGCACAACAACAGAAUAACCAGUGUGCCAACCGAGGCAGUCAAGUAUCUGAAGAGCCUCGCCUACUUGGAUUUAUCAAGCAACAGACUAACCACAUUGCCACCAGAUUUCCUGGAGAGUUGGUCCCACUUGGUAACAACACCUUCUGAAAAUCCAGACCUUCCACCAAGAAGAAUUAUUCUCGGUCUGCAGGAUAACCCUUGGUUCUGUGACUGUCGUAUUUCCAAAAUUAUCGAGCUGUCGAAGUUCGCUGACCCUGCUGUCGUGCUUCUUGACCCAUUGAUGAUUUGCAGUGAACCUGAGCGCCUCACAGGGGUUUUGUUUCAGCGAGCUGAGUUGGAGCGGUGUCUGAAACCAACGGUGAUGACCUCGGCCACCAAAAUCACAUCUGCUCUGGGCAGUAAUGUUCUGCUGCGGUGUGACGCCACCGGUUACCCCACCCCACAGCUCACGUGGACCAGGUCCGACAGCUUGCCGGUGAAUUAUACAGUAAUUCAGGAAUCUCCAGGGGAAGGAGUCAGAUGGUCCAUAAUCAGCUUGGCAGGCAUUUCUCACAAGGAUGCUGGGGACUACAAAUGCAAGGCCAAAAAUCUGGCUGGGAUGUCAGAAGCUGUGGUUACUGUGACAGUGGUUGGCACUGUCACCACGACUAUCUCAUCAGAUAUUUCUGAAAGAAGAACUGGAGAUCACCUUGAGCCAGAGGUCCAGCCACGAUCUGGAAGACCAACAUCCAUGUCCACAUCAUCAUCUUCUCCUGAGUCGCUUUCCUCCUCUUCUUCCUUCCCUGCUUCUUCUACUUCUGUUUCUACUUCAGCUUUGUCACCUCCUGCUACUUCUUUCUCUUUGUCUCCUUUCUUCUCUUCGAUCAUUUCUUCAACCACAACUCUAAGCACUGGCGCUUCAGCACGCCCCACCAUGGCCAGCAGGCAGUCGCUUCAGCUCCAUGCAGAUGGGAGAAGAAAUUUAAAGGUAGAGAUGAGUGGAAGUAAGCUUCCUCCAGCCAGUGCAAGUAGGAAAGAAGAGUUGGCAUUUCUGGACCAAGCAACGCCUACGGAGACAAAUGCCACAGUAGAAAACCUCAGGGUGGUCAGUGAGACGGAAGAGAGUGUGACUUUGAAGUGGAACACCAUCAACACCAUGCAUAACUCUGCAAUGACUGUGUUGUAUUCCAAGUAUGGGGACAAGGACCUGCUCCUGUUAAAUGCAGACUCCAGCAAGAACCAAGUAACCAUAGAUGGUUUGGAGCCUGGUAGACAAUACAUGGCAUGUGUCUGUCCAAAAGGGGUGCCUCCCCAAAGAGACCAAUGUAUCACCUUUUCUACUGACAGAGUUGUAGAAGAAGGUGAUUCUCAGUGGUCUUUCCUCAUUGUGGUGACAAGUACUGCCUGUGUGGUUGCUGUGCCAUUAAUUUGUUUCUUGUUGUACAAAGUUUGCAAACUGCAAUGUAAAUCAGACUCUUUCUGGGAAGAUGAUUUAUCAAAAGAGACUUAUAUCCAAUUUGAGACGCUGUCCCCCAGGUCUCAAAGUGUAGGUGAGCUCUGGACACGAAGGCACAGAGAUGAUACAGAAAAAUUACUGCUUUGUUCUAAGUCAAGUGUGGACUCUCAACUCACUUUUAAAAGUGAGGAUUUUAAGCCAGUAUAUUAUUGCUAA